AACAUGGCAGGGGAUGUGAAAAGAUUCUCACGGAUGCUGCUGGAGUGCAAUAGCAAUGACAAGCUAUGUGUUGUGCGUGAACAUCAAACAGAAGUGAUCGUUGUCCCAGUUCUCCUGGUGGGAGUUUUUGUCAUUGUGCUCACUGUGAUCCUCUGGCUUCACUGCCGCGGCCUGCGAGCAAAGCGGGAGCAAUCAGCACCAGCCACAACCCCAGUGACAAGAAAGAAUCAGCAGGAACCCUGCUCAACAGAGAACCACUACAUCCAGCUGAGUGAGAGCUCUGUGGAGAGCCUCCUAAAUUCUGCAUCCUUGACUCUGAAAGAAUUAGAGAUACCACGAGAGAAACUCUUACCACACAGCUUGCAGCUGAUAAAACUUGGUGCCUAUGGGAGCAUCUACAGAGCACAGUUGGAAACUGGGAGCUCUGGGAAGACUAAGGCUGUGGUGUUGAAAGCCUUGCAAGAUCCAACUAGUCCCCAGAAAGUAAAGGAUUUCUUGGGAAGGAUUAAAUUCCAUCAAAAUCUUGGCCAUCAUGAGAACUUGGUUGAAUUGUUUGGAUGUUGUGUAGACCAGCUCCCACUUUAUAUGAUCAUGGAAGAUGUGUCUCUUGGUGACCUGCUGACAUUUCUGUGGACAUGUCGGAAGGAUGUAAUGGCAAUGGAUGGUGUCCCCUAUGACCUCACUGAGAAGCAGGUAUAUGAGGUUGGACAGCAGGUUGCAGCAGCUCUGGCUUAUCUCGAAGAAAAGAACUUGUUCCAUGGUGACAUUGCUGCCAGGAAUGUCCUUCUCCAUCACAACUUCACUGCCAAGCUCUGUGGUUUGGGCCUGGCCUACGAAACUCACGCACAUGGUGCCAGCUCAGUCACACGGAAAGUGCCCGUCAAGUGGCAGGCACCAGAGAGGCUCCUGAGCAAAUCCCCUACCAUCAAGGCAGACAUAUGGUCUUUUGGAAUUCUACUGUAUGAAAUGAUUACAUUAGGUGCUCCACCAUAUCCUGAGGUGCCACCUUCUGACAUCUUAUCAUACCUGCAGAAACAGAACAUUAUGAAGCAGCCCUCGAGCUGCCAGCAAGCCAUGUACUGCAUCAUGAAGUCCUGCUGGCAGUGGAGUGCAGCUGACCGGCCUUCCCCAGCACAGCUCUUGUGCUCCCUGAAAACAGCCAUGAAGACCAGCAAUGGGCACACAGUGCUGCAGGUGCCUGAGCCAGUGGUGCCUGAACUCUAUGCUGAUGUUGCUGGUGUUGAUGUGCACAGCCUGGUGAGGGAAUACACAAUCCUCUGA